AUGAAUCCGUACAAUCGGGCGGACUGGACGAAAAUGAACGCGAAAUGGACACUUCCGGACACGGACGACAACGAGAUCAGCGCUGUUAACAGUCUGCCGCAGCUCGACUGCGGCGCGUUCCCCAAAUCGUACAUGGACGCGUGUUCCUGCUGCCCGCGGGACAUCUUCGACAAGAACGACACGCCAGACGCCGUGAACAAUUACAGGAGUAUCGCCGUUAAGGACGACGAUUGCUGCAAAGCCCAUUGGACGAGGAAGGAGCGUUAUCAGAAACUUAAGACCAAAGUCGGCAGAGCGAUCAAGAGGCACAAAGUAUUUUUGAUACGCGGCGAGGUACCGAAAUUGAAGGAAGCUCUGGAGAAAAGAGGUUGGGUGCAAAAGUACGAAGCUACAAAAACAAGAACUCUAGCUUACGGUAGCGUGGCCAGCUUAGAGGCAAGAUCGUUGGGCGAUUUGACCCAACCGGACGGUAGUUUGAACGAAAAGGCGGUAAUUUUCGCUUUAUUACGUCACAAAUCGCCAGACUUUAUAUGGGACUGCCGAAACGACUUCGUCGACUGGCAUCGUGGCCUGAGUAGCAAUACGAUUCUCAACAGAUACCAAAAGCCUUCCGUUUACACCUCCAAGCUGGGGAUGGCUCGUCUGCUGGAGGAGGCUCACUGGUUGUACGAGAAGGACGUGUCGUCGGUGCUGUUCCCACGAAGUUACAACCUGAGCAGAGAGCCGAAAGCUUUCCUCGACGAUUUUCGUUUGACCGCCGCCGCUGGUCUGUUGAAGUGGUUCGUCGAAAGAAUGCAAGACGGCGAGGAGUACAGCGCGGAGCCGGGACACCGUCCGAUUCCAAUGAGUCGACUGGAAUUCGCCGUAAAACGCUGCGAGGAAUUUAUUGCUUGCGAACACCACCGGAACAUAGAUGAAGACUUUGUCACCGAGUUUUCGGAAGAGGAAUGGAAUUCCUUUCUGGACGACUACACCGCCGCGGUGCACCUAGAGGCUGACAUCGAGGCGACGUUCGAGAAAAGUCGGGAACAGCUACUGAAAUAUUUGGACGCCGCGAGUACGACGUUGGGGAAGUUGAGAGAGGUAGAUCCGCAGUACGACUUGAACGGAAUGAGGAACAUUUGGAUCCUGAAACCGAGCGAACUCUGUUGCGGCACAGGGAUCAGUAUAUCGCACAGCUUGAAGGAUAUAUUCAGGAAAAUAAAGAGUCGACCGAAGGAUUACUUCAUCGUGCAGAAAUACAUCGAGCGUCCAUUACUGAUUCACGACACAAAGUUCGACAUUAGACAGUGGUAUCUGGUUACGAAUACGUUCCCCAUGACGAUAUGGAUAUUUAAGGAAGGACUGCUCCGAUUCAGCUCGAAACCCUACACUUUCUCAACUUAUCACGAAGCGAUUCAUAUCUGCAAUACCGCCAUUCAGGAGAAGUACGACGAGGAGAGACGAAGGCGGAGGAAACGUGGAAAUUCGGAGGAAGUCGUAAAAUCGAUUCGCGAUCAAGGAUGGGACUGCGAGAAGCUAAACGAAUAUUUAAAGCAAACGGGGCACGAGGGCGAGCCGUAUUACGACAAGAUCUACCCGAAGAUGUCGGAGGCGAUAGUGCUGACGAUGCUGGCCUCGCAGGAGUACAUGGACAGACGUCGGUGCAGCUUCGAGCUGUACGGUGCCGAUUUCGUCGUGACGGAGGACCUUUCGGUCUGGUUGAUCGAGAUCAACACCAACCCACGGAUGCACCCGCCCAGCUCGAGAAUUACCAAACGCCUCUAUUCCAAUGUUCUCGAGAGCUUGGUUAAAGUGAUAAUGGAUGUGCCGAUGAACUCGAACGCGGAUACGGGCGGCUUCAGCUUGGUCUACAAGCAAAAUAUACCCGACUUCCGGCCUUAUCUUGGCCCGUGCCUCUUCAUGUUCGGCAAGUCGAUAACACUGCAGGAGCAUCCGCGUAAACGGGAGAAGAAGAAGAAGGGGAACGAGAAAGGCUGGCUGAAACAGCAACAGCAGCAGCAGCAAUUCCGUGCGUGGACCGCUCCGCCGAUGAUUCCACGCUUGAGGGAGCCGAAAAUAGUCGACUUUAUCGACUACUUGAACACUGCCCGCUGCACCGCCGCCAACUGA